GGGACCCAGCAGGGGAUGGGGAUAAUACCAGUCAACUUAGUGGGUGCUUUACACACGCAUCCACCGACUCCAUCCUCCGUAACCUGGCCAGAAAAUUAUGAUGACUUAUACCACUGGUCAGUUGAAUCAUAUCCAGACUUCUGGGCGGAGUUCUGGAAAUUCAGUGGAAUUGUCUUCUCACGCAUGUAUGAUGAGGUUGUGGACACAUCGAAAGGAAUCGCAGAUGUCCCCGAGUGGUUCAAAGGCAGUCGUCUAAACUACGCGGAAAACCUCCUGCGGCACAAAGAAAAUGACCGAGUUGCCCUGUAUGCUGCAAGGGAAGGCAAAGAGGAAAUUGUGAAGGUGACGUUUGAAGAGUUGCGGCAGCAAGUAGCUUUGUUUGCAGCAGCGAUGAGGAAAAUGGGCGUGAAACAAGGAGACCGGGUGGUCGGUUAUUUACCCAACGGUGUGCACGCCGUGGAGGCCAUGCUGGCUGCCGCGAGCAUCGGCGCCAUCUGGAGCUCCACAUCCCCAGACUUCGGUGUGAACGGUGUUCUGGACCGCUUUUCUCAAAUCCAGCCGAAGCUCAUCUUCUCCGUGGAGGCCGUCCUAUACAAUGGCAAAGAGUAUAGCCACAUGGACAAGCUGCAGCAGGUGGUGAAAGGACUUCCAGACUUGAAAAAGGUGGUGCUGAUUCCUUACAUUGCCUCGAAAGAGAAGAUAGACAUUUCCAAGAUUCCAAAUAGCGUGUUUCUGGAUGACUUUCUUGCAACCAGGAAAGGCGAGCAGGCCCCACAGCUGGAGUUCGAGCAGCUGUCCUUCAGCCAUCCCCUCUUCAUCAUGUUUUCGUCAGGCACGACCGGGGCGCCCAAGUGCAUGGUGCAUUCCGCUGGGGGCACCCUCAUCCAGCACCUGAAGGAGCACGUUCUUCACGGCAACAUGGGCAGCGGAGACGUCCUGCUGUAUUACACCACGGUCGGCUGGAUGAUGUGGAACUGGAUGGUGUCCGCUCUUGCCACGGGGGCGGCCGUGGUCUUGUACGACGGCUCCCCCCUGGUGCCCACGCCCAGCGUGCUCUGGGACCUGAUUGACAGGAUAGGCAUCACCAUCCUUGGAACAGGUGCCAAGUGGCUGGCCGUCCUUGAAGAGAAAAACAUGAAGCCAGUGGAAACCCACAGUCUCCAGACACUUCAUACGAUCCUGUCCACCGGCUCCCCUCUGAAAGUCCAAAGCUAUGACUACGUCUACAGGUGCAUCAAGAGCAGUGUCCUCCUGGGCUCCAUCUCAGGUGGCACUGACAUCAUCUCCUGCUUCAUGGGCCAGAAUUUUUCUAUUCCUGUGUAUAAAGGGGAGAUUCAGGCCCGGAACCUGGGCAUGGCCGUGGAAGCGUGGAACGAGGAAGGAAAGGCAGUCUGGGGAGAGAGUGGUGAGCUGGUGUGCACCAAGCCGAUCCCCUGCCAGCCCACGUGCUUCUGGAACGAUGAGAACGGGAGCAAGUAUAGGAAGGCCUAUUUCUCCAGAUUCCCAGGUGUCUGGGCGCAUGGCGACUACUGCAGAAUCAACCCCAAGACUGGGGGCAUCAUCAUGCUGGGCCGGAGCGACGGCACACUCAACCCCAACGGAGUGCGAUUCGGCAGUUCGGAAAUCUAUAACAUUGUGGAGGCCUUCGAGGAGGUGAUGGACAGCCUCUGUGUCCCCCAGUACAACAAGGACGGGGAGGAGAGGGUGCUCCUCUUCCUGAAGAUGGCUUCCGGCCACACCUUCGGGCCUGAACUGGUGAAGAGCAUCCGCAGCGCCAUCCGCGUUGGCCUGUCUGCUCGGCACGUGCCCAGCCUCAUCCUGGAGACCAAGGGCAUCCCGGACGUGUGUCCUUUGCUGCUGGAAGGGUUAUUCCCCAACUGUGUGUGCUCAUGAGAUUAGUGGCACGGUUUAUCCGAGAGAUACAGGAAAUGGUGGCCCGUCUUUCUGUCCUCAGCGUGGCGCUCGGGUUGCUGUCAGCCCCUGCUCUCCGCAGGUGCUGUCUCCGCUGUCUGGUUGGGUUGGGAAGUCACUCCAGGGUUCCCUGAGAUUUUUCAAGGCCCUUGUGUUUUCAGAUCCUCCUGAUCUGAACUAAUGGAUUUGGGGUGGCCCCGUGUGUCGUGCGCUGGGGAGGGGGUGGCCCGGCCAAGGAGACUUGGGGCACUUCGGGAAUUGCGAGGCCGACAGGCCCCAGGCAGCCACGACUGCCCUGACUCCCGCACAUCUUUGUCCCUGCUCACAGUUGAGAUGCCUGGCCCAUCCCAGCGGGAGGCAGCAUGACGCGUAUGCCCCAGGGAGGCCCAAGCAGCGGCCGGUGGGCGUGGGGGUCUCUGCCUCCCCACCACCCUCCCCACCAGAGGAAGCAGUAGCAGGAUUUCUUCUGAAACACGGUCUUCUUUCUUCAGCUGAUGGAAGAUAUAAAUUAUUAGCUCCCCUGAGCCGUUCUUGGAGCUUUUGUGUAAAGCCCAUACAGCGCGUGAGACUCUUGCAUUUUGGGGCGAGAGGGGCCAACACCCAAGUGACAGGCAGUCCCUCAGAAGCUAGCGCUUAGAUCCUUAAUUAGUUCACAGUUCACCUGAGUUUUUCAAAUGAAUGAAUUUUAAUUACAUCUCAGGUUAAAAAAAAAAAAUAGUGCCCAAGGAGGAGAGAUCAGGGCACCGCCGUUUUACUGAAGGGCUCUGUCCUCGAGUCCCCUGGCCCCCGGACACCCGGCACUGCUACCAGAAGCAUGGGGAUCAAAGGCGGAACAUGCAGGCCACAGAUUUUAGGGGGAGCUUUGAACGUUUGGAAGGAGUCUGGCUGUGAGGAAAGUAAUACCCCAUCCCGACCCGACGAACGGUUCUGAGGGAAGAUUAGGGGGAAGCUUGGUGAGGCUCGUGGACGAGGCUCGCUGGCCAGUUGAUGGUGACGAGGUGGCGGGAAGCCAGCCUGCUGCUGACAUGAUGCUGAUGGCCCAAUUUUAUGAUACAGAGAAGGGUAAUGAAGUCAAUGUAACUGAUGAAAUAGAAACACAGUCUGACAGUGAGGCACUUGCCAGAGCUGUCAGGGUCUGAGCCCCC